GGAAGUGUGUCUCGGCUGAUCUCUCGCUGUCAUUCGGCCACGGUCGGUUACAGGAGAGAGGGGCAGCCAAGAAGCACACAAGAAUCGGCUGGCUCUGUAGGAAAAGACAGCGAGAAAAUAUAUGCUGAAACCAAACGAACAAUGAAACCGAUCGAGUAAGGCUUGUGAAAGAACCGCGGCCGAAUAUAUUUCACACAGUGCCACGUUAACAAAGCGCUUUGAUUAUACAGUCCUGAUUAGAGGCAGCAGAUAGAGAGCUGUGUCAUUGAGCAGGCAGGACACGUCAGGAGAAGGGAGGAAAAAAAAAGCUGACCGACUGCACUGUGCGAGUCAGCUAUCAAGUCGCCUCUGAAAAGCUUUGCCUGGCGUACUCAUUUUUUUCAAGGACACCACCUUGCUCUCAACCCGAGGGAAGGCUCUCGUCAAAGACAUCGCCGAGGUCGAAGGUGGUGAUCAUAAGGACCAAACGAUCACAGGAUAGCAUUUGUGUGUGGGGACAAAACAAAUGGGGGAUUACGGGUUUGGAGUCCUAGUUCAAAACAACACUGGCAACAAGUCUGCAUUCCCGGUCCGAAUCCACCCGCAUCUGCAGCCCCCACACCACCACCAAAAUGUGUCGCAGAGCCCUGCUGCUUUCAUAAACAGCACCACAGCCGCAGGGAAUGGCACCACGGGAGGCUCUCCCUGGCUCUUCCCUGCCUCUGCCACCCACAACAGCGUGCAAGACGAAAUCCUGGGGGGCCCAGAGAAGCCCAAAGCACAGCAGCAACAGGAAAUGCAAGAAACGCAAGAAAAGCAGCAGCAGUUGUCUCCUGGGAGUCACCAGGAGGGUGGAAGUGGUGGUGGGAUCAUUUCAGAACUGGAAAAAGCCCGGUCAGAAGAAGCCAAGGCGGACAGCAGCGUGUCUGAAGGAAGUAAUGGAAAGGAGAAGCCGCUACGUCUUGAGUCUCCGGUCCUGACAGGCUUUGAUUACCAGGAGACAUCUGGUCUUGGUGGGACUGGCCCCGUCCAGUCCAGUACAACUUCAUCUUCACUUACUGGCUUCAACAACUGGUCAGCUGCAAUCCCGCCGGCGCCGUCAACCAUCAUCAAUGAGGACGUCAGCUUCUUCAACCCGGCCUCUGCCAACAACGGCCCACUGCUGUUCCAGAACUUCUCACACCAUGUUAGUCCAGGAUUUGGUGGGAACUUCUCCCCCCAGAUUGGACCGGCAGCGGCCUUGUCCCAGCACCACCCGGCUCCCCCACCACACCCCCACUUUCAACACCCUCAUAACCAACACCAGCAGCAUCGGCGCUCCCCAGCCUCUCCACACCCUCCACCUCCCUUUCCGCACAGGAAUCCAGCCUUCAGCCAGCUGCCACAUUUGUCCAACAGCCUGAACAAGCCCCCGUCUCCCUGGGGUCCAGCGAGCUACCAGAGCCCCUCUCCCUCCCCCGGCUCCUCCACUUCCUGGAGUCCCGGAGGUGGCUAUGGUAGUGGUGGUGGAGGCUGGGGAGGGUCUCAGGGCAGAGAUUAUCGCAGAGGGCUGAACGGCGGGAUGACCCCCAUCAACUCUAUCUCUCCACUGAAGAAGACCUUCCCUAACAACCAUGUGGCAUCCCAGAAGUACCCUCGAAACAGUCCCGCAGGCUUCAACCCCAAGUCCUGGAUGGAUGAUGGAGUCGGCCGCAGUGAUAACAUUUUCCCCUUUCAGGAACGCACCAGAUCAUUUGACAGCUUCAACAUGAACACGCUGGAGAGCUCCCUGAUCGACAUCAUGAGGGCCGAGCAGGACACCCUGAAAGGUCGUCUGGGGUUCCCUCAUCCAGGAGGGGACAACCCUCUGCCUCUCAAUGCCAGGAAUUAUAGCAGGAGACGAGGCCACUCCUCUCUCUUCCCCAUGGAGGAUGGGUUCCCCGAUGAUGAGCGUGGUGAUCAGGGUCUAGCAGGCCUGGGCUCUCCACACUGCUUUCCACACCAGAACGGAGAGCGGGUCGAACGCUACUCGCGCAAGGUCUUUGUUGGAGGACUGCCCCCUGACAUAGAUGAAGAUGAGAUAACAGCCAGUUUCCGGCGUUUUGGCCACCUGUUUGUUGACUGGCCUCACAAAGCGGAGAGCAAAUCCUAUUUUCCACCCAAAGGCUAUGCCUUCCUGCUGUUCCAGGAUGAGAGCUCAGUGCAGGCUUUGAUCGAUGCCUGCAUCGAGGAGGACGGCAAGCUGUACCUGUGUGUGUCCAGCCCCACCAUCAAAGACAAACCGGUCCAGAUCCGCCCAUGGAACCUGAAUGACAGCGACUUUGUGAUGGAUGGAUCUCAGCCUCUGGAUCCGAGGAAAACCAUCUUUGUAGGCGGUGUCCCUCGUCCGCUCCGUGCAGUGGAGCUGGCCAUGAUUAUGGACCGCCUCUAUGGCGGAGUUUGCUACGCUGGCAUUGACACAGACCCUGAGCUGAAGUACCCCAAGGGAGCGGGGCGGGUCGCCUUCUCUAAUCAGCAGAGCUACAUUGCUGCUAUCAGUGCUCGCUUUGUACAGCUGCAGCAUGGAGAAAUCGAUAAACGGGUGGAAGUGAAGCCAUACGUGCUGGAUGACCAGCUGUGCGAUGAGUGCCAGGGAACUCGCUGCGGCGGCAAGUUUGCACCGUUCUUCUGCGCCAACGUCACCUGUCUGCAGUACUACUGUGAGUACUGCUGGGCAGCCAUCCACUCGCGCGCUGGACGAGAGUUUCACAAACCCCUGGUGAAGGAGGGAGGCGACCGACCCCGUCACAUCUCCUUCCGCUGGAACUGAGCGGACGAUAGAGAGGGAAAGGCAACAGGGGAGCAGGAGGGCAGUUAAUAGAUAUCUAUAUUUUGAAGACAGAAAAGAAAAACUGGAAUUAUAUCCAAAUAUGUCCAGCAAGGAAAAAGAUAUGUAACAUAAUUUUAUUUAUGCGUUUGAUUUGUGAAAUAUUCUUAUGAGUUCUCAAAAAUACAUAUAUUGUAAAGUUUGAGGUGUGAUAUGGUACUCUGCUAUUCAAUUGGCAUUUUUUUUUUCUAAACAACGCAUUUGAUUUUAAUUUUGAUACGAGAAGCCCCAAAACAAAUACACUUCAUUUGAGGUUUGAUUGACUUCUUUUGUAGCAGAGCUGUUUUGCUUUUGUUAUGUAUCAAGUCUCCAGAGCCAACAGUUUGUCAUUGGCUAUUUGUUUCUGAGAGGUGUGACAAAGGUUAUCUAUUGAUACAAGAGGCUCCAGAGCAAAUGUGAUUUGAAGGAAAAAAAAAGAAAAAGGUGUUGCUAAAGAAGAGUGCACUUAUUUCCAGUUUAAAGAGUGCAGAUCCAGUGUAUGAGACCCUUAGUAGUUAACCAAAGCUGAAUCUUAAUUAACUUUGAAGAACAGAGAGGGCCCACUGCAGAAAGAAAUGGAUUCUUUUCCCUACCAGAUCAAAAUGUUUGAACCUCUCUCUUUCUUUCUUUUUUUUUUUUUUUUUGAUUUCCAAGAUCAUACAAAUAUUUUGAUGUUACUUGAAAACCACAACAAAAUUUUAGCAACACAUAUUUGGGUUUUGAUCUCCAUUUUGACAUGCAAAAACUAAUACCUCAAACUCAGCUGCUAGUGUGCCGAAUACAGUUUAAAAAAAAGAAAAGAAAGACGGCAAGAAAGAAAACAGUAUCACUCACUGGUGUUCUUCUUUCCUUAGAACUAUAAUCAAAGGGAAGUGGUGCAACAGACUGAGUGUAAUGUGACCGGCACAGUUUUGUACUCGCUUGCUUCAUCACCUCCUUAUUUUUGUAAUCAAACCCAGGGUUGUGCUAUUGACAGAGCAGAGCAACGUACAGUAUACAUCGUAUUAGGGGAAUGUAUAGUGUAGGGAGGCUACAGGAGAGACAGACAGGUUUACUGGUAAAGAGACAAGUCCAGCCCCACUUCCCCCACCCCUUCCUCAUGUCUGCCUUCGGCCUCUGCUGCUAAGCUAGCGGCUAACAGAGGGUAGGGCCUCAUUCAUAAAACCUGUGUCACGGUCGAGGCUUGGAUUCAGAUCCUACAGGACUGAGGUUAAGGUAACUCCUCGAGAGAAGGCUUGUCGUGGGGCCACCUUUUUAUUCAGUUUUUAGGGGCUACUGCCAAGCUGGGAAACGCCUGUCUUUGUCAGAUUGUUUUCUUUUAAUGCAUUUGUGCAAUUCUCCCAAGUCUUUAAUGACAAAGUUUGACUUUGCAUCCAAGAGUCAGUUACAUUUAAUGAAAGAAGCAAUUUAACUUUAUCUGCUUUCCGAAUUGUCAGCACACAUUUGAGUCACGGAGGGAUCUGCCCUUGUGGCGAACUCUCUAUCCUUUCUCCUGCCAAGCUAAUCCAACUCAGCAUCCAGUGUUUCUGAAGCAUAAAUGAAGAUAGUCUCUGCAGUGUGCUCUACUACUACACACUUGUUACCCACAUGCAGUUUGCUCGUGAUAAUGGUCGGUUCUACCCAGUGGCUUUUGGGAACCAAAGAUGGCUGUGGAGUAGUGGGUCAUACUGUAGCUCAUUUCUUAUUUAGGUUUUAUUCCUAUGUUCUUUCUCAUUUCUUCAAGGACGUUUUUCCUAUAUAUAUAUUUUAAUAUCUGUCACUUCUACCCAGUUUUGCUUAACUGUCAAGCCCAGCAAACCAAAGAUUGGCCUUGAACACAAUAUAUUUAUAUAUAGAUGUAUUUGACAGUGCAGUCAAAACCCAUUAGAACACCAGUGGAAAAAAAACAACAGGGCUUGCAGACACACAAACAGACACACACUUACUCUCUCUCACACACACACUCACACUCACACACACACACACACUCAUACACAAGGCCUCACUCUCCAUAGCUCAAAAUGGAGGUGCACGCCAGUAGGCACUAGUUCUUUUUAUCUCAAAUAGGUCUGCGUGUUUGGGAAAGUUUAACACAAAGUGCACAUUCACACGGCGAAAGUAAAAACUAAUCCUCACAGUUGUUUGACAUUGUAAGUCACUCAGUGGCAACCUACUAGCCGAGCAUUUAAAUAUGUCAGGGAGUUAGUACAGAAACUUGAUUAUACACACUAGUGAGAAACGUAUCCUCAUAUCGGCGUGGUGUCGUGGCACCAGUUUUGCACCCUGGAUAUUAGUUUUGUGGGUGCGGUGGGUGAGCAUUUUAGAAGUUAAAACACUUUGUGAAGAAUUUGCUGUUAAAUGAGAUGAAAAAAAAAAGAUUAUUUUAUACAUGGCCUGCUGAUUUUUGGUACAGUGUUUUCUAGCUAAAUUAUUUUGUCAUGCACAUAUAAACAUUUAUUAUGCACUACUUUUCUAAAUAUUUUUUCUUUUUCCAACAGUCAUUUUAGGCACAUUUUUCACAAAUGGGGAAACUCCUUUUUGCAAUACCUCAAUUUUUCACAUUGUGAAAGGUAGCUUUUGUACUUUUGUUACUGAGAGAUCUGCAUAUAUGGAAAUGUUCAUUUUAAGAAAAAAAGUUGAGUGAUUUCAAGAUAUAUUAUUUUCAAUUAUGCUUUUUAUACAUUUCAGUGCUGAGGAAACUUUACAACUAAGUGCGCACUUGGUGUUGACGCGACUUCAGAUCUGCAGAGGAGAGACCAAAGUGUAUUGCUCUCUUGGUCUUAGCUUUUCGUACACUAGAUGUUUCCAGUCAAUCUGGUCAAUAACAGCAUGGCGAGAAUAAAAAAAGAAAAAAAAGAAAAAAGAAACAAAAAAAGAAAAAAAGAAAAGAACUUGUAAUUUGAAAUUGAUGUUAAUGUCUCUAAACAUGACUAUUCUAGUUGGAAAAUGGUAACUUCUGUCUUGGUUUCCUCUCCAUAGAUGGAGCAUAACUUAUUAUAAGGAGAAUGCAAAAUUUGGUUCACGCUUAAUGCUGAAUCUUGUAUCACAAGAAUGGAUGUUUGGUGUUUAGAUAUUUUAAUAUUUGAAAAAAAAAGUAUAUAUAUAUUCUUGAACUUGCCAACUAGCACCUAUUGUAAUCCUUAGCAUGCAUGACAAAAGAAAAAAAGAAAAUGACAAGUACAUGAAUUAGCUAUUAAAAUUAAUUGUUGUGGUGUGCACCAAAUGUUUCUCAACUAUUAAGUUAAGGACACCCCAAACCCACUCUGACCUCACCUCACCCCCACCCCCCCCAUCCACCCUCCCCUCUCCCACGUGUCGAACUCCUCGCUUCCCCAUUCGCAGACCUCUGCAGGAUGCACAUGACAGAGCGAUAAAGACGAGAAACAAGACAGAAACCUAACUUUAAAUCGAUUUGGCAGUGCAGGACUUUGAGCAUCCUUAUAGAACACUGUUUAAGAAGACUUGAGAACUCAUCCCCACUGUCUGUCGAGGUGAUCUUAUAUAGACCUAUCUGGAGGAAGGGGAGCUUAAAGACUUGAAUGUGGUAAAUGUUGCAAGUUAACUUCAAGUUGUUAUGUGCAAUACUUCUUUUGAACCUUUUUCCAGAUAAAGACUCUUUGCAAUGUAAUUCUUUAAUGCCAUUUUUAAUUGCAGACAUUUAAUUAAAGAAGAUGUUAAUAUGUUUUUCACAGUCAUUUUCUACUGUUAUUGUAAUCCUUUUCAUGCUGGUGUUUGUAAAAAAGAAAAGAAAUCGAACUAUUUGUACUAAUAUAAAUAAUUGAAGUUAUUUUUAAAACAUUAAAGGUUUUGUGCUCAUUUGCUUAUUUUGUUUAUUUUAAGCUACUGUGAUUGAUUGCAUUGUAAUUAUUAGGUCAACAAUGUAUUUAGCCGUUUAUUGGUAUAUUUUUAAUUGGAAUGUAUAAUUGAUUUUUAUAAUUUUGAUCAGAUUUUUGUUAUAUUUUUGAGGUGAAGCUUUUAAUAUGUUAAAGUGUCUAGUUUUUACUAAUUGCUAUAUUGUGCUCCACAAUAUAUGGUUCACAUUUUCUGAAGGAAAAUAAAUAUUUAAAUAUUUGUCUGUUAAUGAUGUUACUUAAUGGCAAGAUUUCAAUAGUUUUUAACUGUGUAUGGGAAGGUUGUUGUAUUUAUUAAUAGCAUUUUUUACUUAAGAUAUCACCUUAAUUUUUAUUGUCAUUUCACUUUAUAAGUUCCUAUUUUUGUAUUUUCCUUUCUAAUUAAGUUAUGUAAUACAGAUAUGUCCAUAUUUCUAGGAGUUGGUCUGUAGAAGUGCUAGUGAAACGAAAAAGAAAAAUCUAAUGUUAUUUAAUUGUUUGCAGCCAACUAUUUAUAACAGUAUGCAUAAUUUUUAAAUAUUUGUAAUGUGAAAUGUUGAAUGAAAUAAAACUUAACUGUGAUGAAAAUA